GUCUGUGAACGAAAAAAGCAAAUAAAAAAAAAAAAAGAAUUAACGGGACAAAGAUAUGUUAGAAAAUCGUUUGAACGGUUUAAAUCGAACAGAGUGAACUGCGAACGAGAGUGGAGGGGAUAAAACAAGAGGAAAAAAGAAACAAAAUUUUUUAAAUAAACUAAAGGUGUUGAACGCGAAUUUGCGUGACAAGAAAGAAAAUAAGAACAAACAAAUUUCGAUAGAAAAGAAAAGGAAGCACAAACGAAAACAAACAAAAAAUACGUAUUCCUUAGGGAAAGUGCGAAUGGGGAGCGAGGAGGGUAAAGGGGUGGCGUGUACAAAUGCCGCCACCUCUUGGCAGCCAUAUUAUACCUGGUGUUCACCUUAUUCUCAUUCGCAUCCACAUCAUCAACAACAUCAACAUUUAAAUCAUCCCUAUCAAUACCAACAACAACAACAACAACAACAACAACAACAACAACAACAACAGCAACAACAACAAGCUUCCAAUGGUGGUGUUAAUGGUAGUGGUAGUGUUAGUGGUAGUGGUAAUGGUAGUGGUAGUGGUAGUGGGCAAUAUAAGCAACACCCACCAUCUGGUUCCACUAUGAACGCUGUUUCCACCCUUUAUCCAACCACCCAGCACCAUCAAAUGCAAUUGCAACCCGCCCAACCACCACCACCACCACCCUUGCACCAACAACAACAGUUUCAACCCCUACCAGGACAAUGUACUACUAGGAAGGUCCUGUCUUACGAUGGUCCAGGUGACCCCAUGAUAACAUCCUCACUAAAGGUAUCAAAUAUCGAACAACAACACAAUACAACAACGACACGGUUACGGUUCCUAGAUAAGUAG